AGGCCAAGCCCACCGCCGUGGACCAGGCCGCCACGGAGGAGGCCGUCAAAAGGGACGUCGCCGUGGAGGCGACCCAGGAGGCGGCGCAGGAUGCCAAGGAGGAUGAGGCCGACGAGGCGCGCCAGGAGGCUGCCCAGAAGGCGCAGGACGAGCUGGAGUCCGAGCAGGCCGCCGCCUUCGGCGGCGUCGCCUCGGAGGAGGCCGCGCUCGAGGGCAAGGAGGCGGAGGAGAACGCCAGCUCGCAGUUCGUCGCGUCGAACGCGUCGAUGAACGAGGUGUACGAGGAGCAGGCCAACUCCUCCGACGAUCAGGCCGACGCAGCGGAGGCCGUCAAGAGGGACGUGGCCAUCGAAGCGACUCAGGAGGCGGCGCAGGUGGCCAAGGAAGAGGAGGCUGACGAGAAGCGCCAGGAAGCGGCCGAGGCCGCCCUCGGGGCCACCGGCGCCUCCGUGGUCGCGCGCGCCGAGGAGGAGGAUCCCCACAUGGUCGGCGCGCUGAGGGCGCUGAGGAAGUGGUUCCGCUGAUGCCGAGCGCCGGUCGGAGGCCAGCGACCAGCGGAGCGGGCCGCUAGCGCCUAGCGGAGCGGACCGACGCUCAAUGGUCGAUGCCCGCGCUCCAUGCCCCAUGCGGGCCAAGUAAUUCGGUGUCCUGUGAGGAAUAUCUCCUGCACGGAAGCUUUUGCGGCCCUCCGCUGCGCCUGCCGGCAGAGGAGGUAUUUGGGUGGCAGAUCCUGGGAGCCUUGUGCGUCCUUGCAGCUCCAUCUCUGGAGUGCGGUCGCGCCGGUUCGCGUCCUGCGUCGAUUCGCAAGAGCCAGCAGAGAUGGCAUAGGAGGCUCCCGUGACUUGCCACCGACAGAGUCCCGGGCGGCUGCUGCCCCGCCUUCUCGGGAGCAAAAAGUUCGCGCACGCCCCGCCACCGCCUCCGCAGGGGCGGGGGCGCCGCCCGACCCCUCCUGGCAGCCUCUUCGCACCUCGUGCGGGCGACUGCCGGGCCCUGGCCUGGCUGCC